UGGUUGGUGUUGGGCAGAAGAAGCGCCCGUGGCUUGCGUUGAAGUGCAUCUGGCUAACUUAUUAUUUUUAAAAUUAUUUUAGAUAUGGAUGUCCAGAAGCCCAGGAGCAGCAACCAGACUUCUCCCUCCCUGAAGUUGUCCAAUGGCUACAUUCUUCCUGAGGGCAAACUGACGCCCAACGCCCUGUUUGUUGGUGGGAUUGACAUGAAGGUGGACGAAAAUGAAAUGCGGGACUUCUUUGCGAGAUAUGGUCCUGUUAAGGAAGUAAAAAUUAUCACAUAUCGUGGAGGGAUCUGCAAAGGGUACGGGUUUGUGUACUUCGAUGACGAUGUCAACAUUCAGUCAAUCGUUGAGCAACAGAUCAGUUUUAAGGGUCGGAAACUCAAGCUGGGCCCUGCCAUCAUGAAAGAAAGGAGCUCUCGGUCCAUGCCGUCCCGUCUGGUGGGCCCGGCUCCCUGGAUGAGCCCCACUCAGUACUUCUACUGCGGCUGUUGCUCACCCAUGGGGGGGGGUAUGGCACAACCUUCGCCCAUCCUCAAUGGAGGCAGCCCCUACAAUCAGCAGCCGUACUCUUACCCCAACUUUGGAGGGGUCAUGAUCCCACAGAUGCAGAUGAACUACGCACAGAAUGCCUACGCCUACCAGAGCUUUGUUGACUGCGGAGUCCAGACGAUGAUGACUGUGCUGUAGCCACUGAGCCAGAUGCACACUACAGUGAGACGAAAUGCAGACAGGAUGACAUCUUGAUGUUCCGGGUGGCUGGAAGCAACCCAACGGCUCUCCCUGCUUCCUAAGCGAUGCCCUCCCCUCUUCUCCUCCCCUCCCUCAAUUUCUUGAGACCCAUUUUAACACCAGACUGCAGGAGCUCUCCACUUUAACUGUACUCGGUUUAUCACAAUCACUUUGAUCACGACGGGUAUGGACCACUGUCGUGUGGUCAGACCGCUUUUAACCCACAUGGAUCACAGUGACGGUCACACAGGGAGAGCAGAGCACCCUCACCACACCAGCUGUUUUUUGUUUAUUUUCCUUUUAUUUAUCCUAAAAGAAAAAACGGAAAAGACUUUUAAGCUCACCCUUUGUGCCUAUUUAUGUUUUAUUUUUGUAAUUAUUUUAUGUUUGGUUGGUUGGGGUCUUUUUUAGCCUCUGCAGGGGCUCUGUGUACAUUAAAGGUACAUUUAUAAAUAUAUAUAUAUUGUAACAAUGUCAUGACAGCAGUCGGAGUAGAAUGCUACUUUAAUUCCAGUUCAGAUUUAAUAUCCUCUGAUUAAGAAAUUUCCAUUAACUCGUCUACUACAGUAUAAGGACACUUGGUCAUUCCAUUAAUUUCAAGUACUCGUUUAUUUUGUACUCUAUCCUAUUUAAUUGGGUGUCGAUUGAGGCAGUAAAUGAACAGCAAUGUUGUCGCAUUGUUUGCGCCUCAUCACUAUCACUGACUUCUUGCCAGACUUUUUUUUAGUUGAGUUCCACAGAGCACACCGAUCAUCUGUUUCCAAACCGUCCCAUCCUGUGACUGGGUGUCUCUCCAACGGUUCACACACUCGAGUACAAUCGCAGCAUCAUUUCUUUUUCCCCCAUUACUCGUCAAUCAACUUACAUUUUGGAAGGAACCCCAGGGGAAGGCUGUUAAUCCACUUUGUAAAUGAAGGACAUGAUUUAAAAUAAGGUGCUCGCUGCUUCUUUGGGGGACAUGGUUGACUGUACAUGGUUCACUUCAUACUGGUUGUUAACUGUUGUUUAACUGGGUUUUAAUCUGGUCUCAGGUGAUUUUGCACAAAGUAUUUUACUGUCAUUGUAAGAGUCAACA